AUGGAAGAGACUAAAUUUCAUUAAUUCAAGAAUACAUUCAUUUAAAAGAAUCCAAAUUAAAAUUCUGAAAGGCUUAUUAAGAUCAAUACUUAAUAUUCCCAAUAUCAAUCUUAAAGUUAGAGAAUCAAAACUGAAAUCAAUUAACCAUCUUUAAGUUCAAGAUUAGAAAAAUCUAAAACUAUUUCUUAGUCUGUACUAAUUUAAUGAUUAUUCAAGACAUACUAUUAGUCACCUCUAUUGAGAGAUGGACAGCUAGAUUAAAUUGACAAAUUAAAGAGAAUGGAUAAAAAUGAUUUUUUUGGUUAACUGAAUAGUUAAGAUCCAUACAGAUACCCUAAAAAAUUAGAGGAAUUACCAUGGAAUCCAUCAAAAAGUACAAUAUAUUAAUAGAAAAGAUAGAGAUCUCUUAAGCUAAGGUUGUUUUACCAACAGAACAAAUAGAUAAGGUCAUUCCAUUAUCUAAAUUUUCCAGUAAUCUUACAAAAAGAGUAGUCAAAGAUAAGAUUCAUAGAGGCAUACCUCUUAAGUAUUAGAUAUAUUGAAUAAUUAGACAUGAUGUAUAAAUGCUUGCAGAAUGGACUGACUUAAUGCUUGAGUAGGCAGUAGAGAAAAAUUAAGGUUAAUCAGCUAAUAUGUAUGAAGAUUUAUAAUAAAUAUUUACACUUUGUUUGAAAGAAUUGAUUAGACAAAUUUCAUUUGAUUGUAUUGAGAAGAGGUAGAAUAUAUUAAUAUAAAAAAAUAGUGUACUUUUGGAGAAGAUUUGGAAUUAAUAUAUUGAAAUAAAUUAAUCAGUAUAUUAAUCAGUUCUGGAAUAAAAUAAUACAUUAGAGAAAGAUCAUUUAUAAGCAGUUAUGAAGACUCAUUAGGCUUAUUAAAGUGAGAUUGAUAAAUAUUUGAUGAUUUUGAAGAAUCAAAAGUCUGAUAUGGAUUAAAUUAUGGAAAGAUUAAUGAAAUUAAAAGGAAAUACAAAAUAUUUGAAAAAAAAUAAUAGAUAUUUGAAUUCUUAAAUAAAAGCAUUGAAGAUAGAAAUCUAAGAUUUGAAAACUGAAAAUAAAUAAUAUUCUGAUUAAAUAGAAAAGAUUACAGAUGAUUUACAUGAAUAUUAAAGGAAUGUACAACUUUAAUAUGAAUAAUUUUAAAUGUCUAAUUAAUAUUAACCUAAAAUUGAGUAUGAAUAAGGAAUAGCAAAGAAAAAGAUUAUGAGGGCUGGUACAUAGAAAUAAUUAGUGAUUCAUUAAAUACCACAAUAUUAAUUACCUGAGAUUAAACCAAUAUAGAGAAAGAGUUUUUAGAAUAUAGAAAAAUAACCUACAUAAUAAGAGAAAUUAUAAAAAAUAUUAAAUGAUAGUGCUUCAUUUAGCAAUAUAGAAAUAUUAUUAGAAGAGAGAGCAACAGAUACAGAUGAUUUAAAUUAAAUAUUACAAUUAAGAAAAGAAGUAGAGAUUUAAACUAUUGAAAAGAAAAGUUUAUCAAUAUAAAUUCCUAAGUAUUUAAUUGAAUAAUUGUGUGUAGAUUUGAAUUAAGAGAUAGAAGAUAAUAAAUUAUUUAGACAGAAAUAUCUUAUUUAAAUAAAUCAACUAAGAUAACUCAAACAGAAUUUACAGAUGAACUAUUAGAAUCUAUCAAAUUAGAGGAAGAACAUUUAUAGUAAUUACAUGAAGCAAUCUAAUAAGCUACAUAACAAUAUUAAUAAAUAUUAAAUUAAAUAGAAAAGGGAUAAUAACCUAAAUUAAAAGAGUUAUAUGAUCAUUUAGAUGAAUUUUAGAAUACAAUGAAAGAAAACUUAAAUAAAUAAAAGGAAGCUAGAACAAAUUUAAUUUUAGUUAAUAGUACAUUUAAAGAUGAAAAUAAUAGAAAGGAAGAGUAAUUAUAAUAAUAUGUACUUAUAUCUUAUUUUAUUAAGUAAAAAAAAGUAGCAGAAUUAGAGAGAGCAAAUGAACUAGCUAAUUAAGAAAUGGGUGAAUUAGAAGCUCAAUUAGAAAUUUAUGAAAAGGUAUUAAAUUUAUUUAUAAAAGAUAAAUGAGAAAAUUGAAAAAAAAUAUUAAAAAUUAAAAUCUAUUAAAACAAAUAUGGUUGAAAAAUCAUAAACUCUUGUUGUCUAACUUACAUAAACUCAUAAAUUUGCUGAAAUCAUGAAAAAAAGAAUUUAAGAUAAAAGAUAAAGUACAUUAGGUCCUAUUUAAAGUAAUUAAAAAUCAAGAUUAUCAAACAUAUCACCUUUAGGAGCAUUAAUUCCAUAAUCAACUAGUUAACCUUUAAUUUCAAUUCAACCUAUACAAAGUGAACAAUUAAUUUAAUUGGAAAAGAAAGAGGAAUUAUUGCCUAUACCAGAGAAAACAAGUUUAAAGAAAUAAUCAAGUAAAAAGAAUUUAAUUUAAUAACCAUAAUAAUAAUAAGCUAUGUAAUAUCGAUAAACUUAAUCCUAAAAUACUUUAGAAUUACCUACAUUAUAAUAAGAUAAAUCAUUCACUUCUCAAUAUAAUAUCUCUGUAAUUGAACCUGAUGAUAAUUAAUUUGCAUCAUAGAGAUUUUCAUCAUAAUAACCUAGUCAAUAGUAAAGUGAAGAAGUAUUUCAAAUUGAAUAUAAUAAUAGGAAGCCUCAGAUAUGUAAUUGACACCAAGAAGUAAAGCAUCUAAUUAGUCAAAACCAAGACCUACCUAUAAAAUUGUAUAUAAUUUUAUAAUAUUACUAAAUAGUAAAUACCAUAAAAUCAAGGUGCCAAGAAAGGAUCCAAAAUAUAAAAGAAAGGUUCUGUUAUGCCUUAAUAAAAUGAUUAAGUUUAAUUCUUUUAAGAAACUAUAACAAACUUUAUCAAUCAGAAUUUCACUUCUAGUGACUCUGAUAGUGAUGAUUCAGAGUAUAACAUAAGAUUAGAAGAGAUUAAAUAAAGGAAAAGAAAGAUAGGAUAAACUAAGAAAUCAUAUUUUUCAUAAGCACCAAGUAAUAUCUAUUUUAUAUUUAUAAGAAUUCUAAAAUAAAUAAUCUAUUGACAGUCCUGGACUCAAUAUGUUAAAAAAUAAUAUAGUUAAAUAAUUAGCUACUAAAUUUGCAACAAAUUAAAAGGAGAUAACUUCAAAAAUGAAAAAGAGUACAAUAUUAAAAUUUAUAUCUUAAUUUUAUGGAGAAAAGUUAAAAUAAACUUAAAAUAAAACAUCAUUACAUAUUAUUUGUUAUGAAUAUUUUUUUAAUACUUAUGGAUUUAAAAAUAUAGCAGAACAAAAAUUAAUUAGUUUUUAUGAAUCUAUUUUUGUACACCGAGAUAAUAUAAGAAUUAAUUUAUUUGGUAGAUUCUUACAACUUUAUAGUUCAUUAUCAGUUGAUGAUCUUGAAAUUUAUAUUAAAACUUUAAAGUAAUUGGAUGAAGAGAAUCAAACAUUAGAUACAGAUAAAGGAUAAUUUAUUUUGGUUGAAAAAGCAAUUCAAAUUCUUGAUCAAAUACAUUCUUAAAUACCAUAAGAAUAUAGAAAUAAUAUAAUCUCAGAUAUUAAAAUGAAUUAUAUUGAGAGAAAUAUGAAACCUUACAUUGAUUAUGAUUAUUAUAUCAGUAGAAUUUUAACUGGUAAAUAGUAUUUAUAUUAUAUUAGGAUAUUAGAUUGUUAAGAAAAUGCACAUGACUCAUUAUUAGGAAGUAUUCAAUUCUGCUGAUAUGGAUUUAGAUAAUAUGAUGGAAUACUAAGAAUUUAAGAAAUUAUAUUAUUAUUUUGAAUCUUGUUAAGGUAAUUCAAUCCCUGAGAGCAUUAUGGAAAGAUAAUUUAUUUCCAGAUGUGAUUUGAUAUCCAAUAAUGAAGGAGAAAGAGCAAUGUCUUUUGAUAGAUUCAUUACAUUUUCAAUUGAGCAUAACCUAUUUUCAGAAGAAAAAUUCACAGUAAUUAUAUUGUAUUCAAAUUCAUAUAGAAUUUUGCAAACAAUGUUAUUGAAGAAGAUCCAAUCAAAACUAUUGAAGAUUUGCAUAAUAAUUGGAAUAAUGUUAAAGCAAGAUUGAUUAAUAGAAUUUAAUAUGCUGCAGAAGAUGAAAUUGAAUAUUUCCAAAGUAUUAUAAAAAAAUUAGAAUAAGUAUAACAUUCAUUUUUUCAUAUUAGGCUUUGACUAAUGAUGAUAAACGAUAAAGUAUAUGGAUUUCAUAUAAAAUCAUUGAUAGUGAUACAAGAUAGUUAUACAUAAAUAAGUUAGUAGAUAGUCUCAUACCAUCAGAAUUCAAUGAUAUCAUUCAAUUUGAUGAUUAUUCAUCUGAAGACAAUAAUUGA